UUGGGCACAGGUUGGAGCGGUGCAGCCGGGUCCCGAAGCGGCGAGCAGUAUGCAUUCAGACUGCAGGCUGCUAUGGGCAGAGCGGUAAUGGUGGUGGGCAGGGGACCGACAGGGGCCGGGGUUCUCGUCCUGUCGAUUCUCAUCGUUCUCACCGCGGAGGACGGCUGUCGAGCGCAGAAAGGUGAUGGCUGUGGCCCCAGUGUUCUCGGCCCCAGCAGUGGGACGCUGUCCUCUCUGGGUUACCCGGGGACGUACCCGAACAACACGGUGUGCGAGUGGGAGAUCAGUGUGCCCCACGGCAACAGGAUCCACUUUCGCUUCGCCGAGCUGGACAUAGAAGACAGCGACUGCCAGGUCAACUACCUCCGCCUCUACAAUGGCAUCGGACUGAAGAGGAGUGAGAUUGUGAAGUACUGCGGUUUGGGCCUGAAGGUCAAAGACCUGAUCGAGUCUACUGGGAACCAGGUCACUGUCCAGUUCAUGAGCGGGACCCACCACAGUGGACGUGGAUUCUACCUGUCCUACUCGACCACUGAACACACAGAUCUAAUCACCUGCCUGGACAAAGGAACAGAUUUCCCCGAGGCAGAGUUCAGUAAAUACUGUCCGGCAGGCUGUUUGACGUCUACCGAGGAGAUCUCUGGUACUAUACCGAAUGGAUACAGAGAGUCGUCUCCUCUGUGCGUGGCAGCCGUCCAUGCCGGCGUGGUGUCCAACGCUGUGGGAGGGAGGAUCAGCGUGGUGAGCAGCAAAGGCAUUCCUCACUAUGAGGCCACACUGGCUAACAAUGUCACUUCCACUGGAGGAACUUUGUCGAACAGCCUCUUCACCUUCAAGACCAACGGCUGCUACGGGACGCUCGGUUUAGAGUCUGGCGGCGUGGCGGCCACUCAGCUCUCCGCGUCGUCCGUGUGGGAGUGGAACAACAACGUCGGUCAGCCCAGCGUGUGGGCGCCGUCGGGGGCGCGCCUUAAAAAGGCCGGGCUGCCCUGGGCGCCUUCGCAGAGCGACCAGCAGCAGUGGCUGCAGGUCGAUCUCAAGCGGGAGAAGAGGAUCACAGGUAUCACCACCACGGGCUCCACCCUCAGAGAAUACCAGUACUACGUCUCAGCGUACCGGGUCCUGCACAGCAACGACGGGCAGCAGUGGUACGUCUACAGGGAAUCGAACUCGACACAGGACAAGGUUUUCCAAGGCAACAUCAACUACCUGCAGGAGGUGAGGAACAACUUCAUCCCUCCCAUCGAGGCCCGCUUUGUGAAGAUAAAUCCGACCCAAUGGCACCAGAGGAUCGCGCUCAAGCUGGAGCUGCUUGGUUGCCAAGUGAAGGUGACCCUGAGGACGUUCCCCCCGUCUGGUCGGGCUCCACCUCCCGUGGGUACCAAGCGUCCACCUCGGCUCAGCCAAACCACACCCACCCCGAACAUCCGGAACACUACGAUGCCUCCUCACACCGGCAAAGAUGUGGCGCUGGCGACGGUUCUGGUGCCCGUCUUGGUCAUGGCUCUGACUGCUCUCAUCCUGAUCGUGGUCUGUGCUUUGCACUGGAGGAACAGGAAGAAGAGCUCCGAGGGGACGUACGACCUCCCUCACUGGGAUCGCACAGACUGGUGGAAGAGCAUGAAGCAGCUGCUGCCCUCCAAGAUGGUGGAGACGGAGGAUUCGGUUCGGUACAGCAGCAGCGAGGUGGGUCGGCUCACGGGGCGAGGCGCUGUGCCCAGACUGCACGCUGAACCUGCAGAAUACGCUCAGCCUCUGGUGAGCGGCGUCACGACACUCGGCGCCCGGUCGACCUUCAAACCGGACGAGGGGCCCGACCCGGGAUACUCGGACCCGGACCUGUACGACGCUCCCAUCUCGCCGGACGUGUACCACGCCUACGCGGAACCGCUGCCAGCUUCUGGAUCCGAAUACGCCACGCCAAUCGUGGUGGACAUGGGCUGCCACCCGUCGGGGGGCUCCGCUCUGAACCAGGCCUCCGCGGUGUGCAGCUUCAUGGGCGCCGGGCCGACCUCCCUGCUCACGCGGACAGACAGCAGCCACUCGGGGAGGUCCGCUUACGACACGCCCAAGAACGCCACCGGACAGGUCACGCCCACCGAGGAUCUGACCUAUCAGGUACCUCAGAGUAGCACUCAGAAGCCGACGGGACAGAGCUGAAGAGUCUGGAUGCACAUGGCCUUAACCGUACAACCCAACGGACAAAGAUAACGAGGGGUUGUUCACAGAGGCGGUCUUGAAUGAACACUACCUUUUAGCUUUAGGUUCAUCUGGAGAUGUCUGUAUUGCCUAAAUGUUUCUGCAUGGCCACAAUCUGCUUGUGUGGUGCCAUUUUUUUUUUUUUUUUUUUACAGUCCUAUCACUGAAACCACAACGAUGAAUGUGCCAGGCGUGAAGAGGCGGAGAUCGACGGAGGGAUGGAUGGAGGAUGAAAAGGAGGAAGCUGACUACUAUCUGAUAAAGACUUUGUCCCUGUUCUGUGAUCCUUAGUAGUUCUUGCAUUCUGUGAAACUGUGAUUUCAUUAUUAUUCUGUUACAAACUGAACCGGGUUCGACGGUUCUCUCACUGAAUUAAUCAGCGCGUCGCUUUCGGUGCCCCCCCGACGUCCGACAUCCAAGGUCAAAGAACUCCUUCGUUCUCGAGAAACUCGGUACGUUCUCGUCUUACUUCGUGACUUGAAAAUUGUGUAUAGCUCUAGUAAUUCCAUCGCCGCAAAAACUCUCAGAUGAUUUACUGAUAUUUAUUUUUAUUUCACAUCCUGCUGAUGAGGAGAAACUCUUUUUUUUUUUUUUUUUUUUAAUAAGCCCGCCGCUGACCCUCGCUGAUUACCGAUCAAAGAUUCGCGGUUGCACUGUCGUGGACGAUCGAUCCGAUGAACUCUCCAAAGUUUUUUUUUUUCUCUCUCAGACCAAAUGUUUUUUUGUUUUGUUUUUUUCUGUGUUAAUUCGCAACAGAACCGACUUUUGCAACCGAGUUCAAGCCAAAUAAACAUGAAGCAGUCUUAACGGAGAAGUCCUACAGGUACAGAGAACAGGUGGAUGGGUGAAUCUGUUACAGCUGAGUUUCCUGUGUGUGUUUUCGAUUUUUUUUUUUUAUUUGUGCAUCGCGGUGAUUGUCUCGUGUUGAAAUGGGUGUUUGAAAUGUCCUAUUACAUUCAAGUGUGACUUCCUUGUAUCGUCUGUAUGUGUGUGCUGAGUGUGUGUGUUUGUUGUUUUGGCUUCUAGUUGCAGUAGGAUGUGUUAAGUCAUUGUCUGUAGCACCACUAGACUGCAUUCCUCUCCUGUGGUACUAAUCUGACCAAACGCUCCGUGGCAGGAGUGCAGACGGAGAGAGAGGACAGGAGGAGGGUGGAGGCGUUGUUAUUCGAACAGCUGUGCCACCGACCGAGGCCGUGUACGUCCAGAGUUCGGGAUUAUGUCGAUGUGGCUCUCACUGAUUGUACAUAAAGAGAAAUAAAAAACUUUAAAAGAAA